GAAAUUGGAAAAACAGGGACUCAGUUUCGUCCAGACCUGAAUGGGAAAAGCGCGACUUGAACUUCCUCGUCGUUCGCUUCUCGAUGUUGUAAUAAAAUUUUGAAUAAAUUGAUACUUUCAUAAAACCACUUGAAUUAUUUUAAGUGACUCAUUACUUGGUAUCUGUGUAAUCAUCUCAAGCUCCCAUUUUUUCACCAGAAGAAACUCUCACCUCUUUCAUUCAACCUUUCGGUUCGCAGUGAGCUUUUAAUGUUGCAUUCAUCAUAACCUCCAGGACAAUCACUGGCUUGUGCCUGCCUACUUACCCGUAAUAUAAAUAUCGCGAGUGUAACUGAGUAUGUGAAUGACUUAAACUCUGUUGUGAUAAAGUGGAAAUUUUCAUUCCAACAUGAAGGCUAACGUGCUGACCACGACCCCCAAACAGAGAUAACAUCAUGAUCUGCGUUCAGAUUCUAACCUACUCGUGACGAGAGCGAAUCGGGGCUAGCACAUAGCCGAAGUGUAAUGCGCACUGGAGAAGAAUACUCGGAACUGGCGGACUUGGGGAGCUCCUACGUAGCCGGCGGACGGUAUGGCGGAAGCACCUGGUCCCGAACCACCCCCGGAAGGGGAGGGCGCGGCGUGGUGGCCGCGGAGGCGGAGGACGUGUUGGGGCCCAACGGAACCCCCAGGGGUCCGGCGCGCAGCAGGAGCGGGCUCUACUACUCGCCGCCAGGUACGUCGUACACCAUCGUGGAGAGACCGUCGUCGGUGAUGCAGCACCAUUCCACCAGGGAGAGGGAGCGGGAGUUCAACACGCUGGCCAGUCCCAGAGGGACGUACCUAGGAUCCAACCCCAACUUCCCCACUACGCGAUCAACAGGAAGAAGCAAUAACAAAAAACGUCCCAUAUCACCCGAGCAAGUCCUCCGCCUUUUCGGAAACACCGCCACCCCCCAGGCAAACUCCAAGUUGAACCCUGAACGUCCUAGGAGAUCACCAGCCAGCAGUCCGCCAUCCACCACGCACCAGGUCAAUUACAGAGCUCCACAAGGUCCUAGCAUCUAUGAACUGACUACUAGGACUGUGAGUAUGGUCAGGGAGCCGCAAGAUGCACACGGUUUCGGUAUUUGCGUGAAGGGCGGCAAAGACGAAGGAGUUGGAGUUUAUAUAUCUAGAGUGGAAGAAGGUAGUGUUGCUGAAAGAGCAGGAUUGAGGCCUGGAGAUUCCAUCUUGGAGGUGAAUGGAAAACCGUUCACAGAAAUUUCACAUGAGGAAGCUUUGAAGAUGCUUAAGUCUUGUAAGACUCUCAGCAUGACAGUGCGUUCACCAACGAUGCCUUCAGGACUUGGAGGUGGAGCGCCGUGGCAGAUGAGGCAAACUUGUUCUUGGAUGGAUCGUCAUGGGCGACCUGUAUCUCCACCCCUGGAAUAUCGAAGAGGGGGGCAGGUACCCCCUCAGCGUUAUGGUUACGGAAGGACGUCAAGCAAGGACAGAAGUGUUCGAAGGGUUGACCUCUGUAUCGAGCCCGGUCAAAGUUUAGGUUUAAUGAUCAGGGGUGGAGUAGAAUACAACUUAGGUAUUUUUAUCACUGGAGUGGAUAAAGAUUCUGUUGCAGAUAGAGCUGGGCUGAUGGUUGGGGAUCAAAUCCUAGAGGUUAACGGUCAGUCGUUCAUGGACGUUACCCAUGAUGAAGCGGUGGCUCAGCUCAAGUAUCACAAGAGGAUGUCCUUGGUGGUGAGGGACGUCGGUAAAGUUCCUCAUUCAUGCACUGCCUACGACAGAGAUUGGGACCUUUGUAGUCCUGGGAGUAGAGCUGCCGCAACAACAAGAAAAUGGGCUGCAGCCUUACAAAUGGUGGAGGAAAAGGCCAGAGUCCUUCUUUCUCGGCCAGAAUUCACUUCCCUCUGUUAUUAUACGGACGAAUAUGCCGCUAAACAUAUGACCAUAGAUGCCUUUGUACAAGUAAUGACUGAACUACUAAACACGCCAGAAAAAAUCACUCUCAUGACAGAAUUGAGGGAGAUAGUCGCCGUAGAAGACCGAUCGAAGUUCGACGAAUUAGUAUACGGAAGGGAUCUGGAGUCCUCGUCAAGAAUAAACCCUAGGGAUCCCAGAGAACACGAUUACCGACACUCGAGGAGAAAAGGAAUGCCAAUACCCGAAGCCAAUCAUUCCAUCUUCCAAAGUUAUCCAGAGGAUUAUGGUCCCGGAGUGGACGAAAAAAAUUAUAAUGAUGAUUUUCGUUCGCCCAGCGAGGAUUCGGGAUUGGGAUUGGGCAUGGCGGAUAGGGUGCCGAGACCCCGCCCAGCCAGUGCCACCGGCAAAACUUGUAACGAUGAUCACCAAAACCAGGACUACGCGAGUGGCGAAGAGGAUAACACCGUUGGAACCAGGAGUAGAAGACAUUCAAGUCCUGGUGAAUCUAGAACCGGAAGUACAACUGCCUUACAAGAAUAUCCUGAUUCCGACCAGAGUGGGUACCUCGGAGGACUACGCUCAAGCUUGGGCGGGUGGACACAGAAAGUGAAGUCUUGGUACUGGGUCAGACCUCUUGAAUUAGCACACAAAUUGUCAAGAAGUUUCGACAUGAAGAGCGAUCAAGGUAUGAUUGAAGGUGGUGAAAUGAGAAGACACCAGUCGAUGCAGAGGCUUUCAGGUACGGAAGUACCUAGAGAACCUGCGAGGGUUGUCCUAGACGAAGAAGGAAACCUGAGGGUCACUGUUAGAAAGACGAAACCAAUUCUCGGAAUAGCAAUAGAAGGGGGAGCAAAUACUAAGCACCCUUUACCAAGAAUUAUCAACAUCAAUGAAAAUGGUGCGGCCUACUCCGCUGGCGGUCUCGAAGUUGGACAGCUCAUCCUGCAAGUUGACGGCACGCGCGUAGAAGGACUGCAACAUCAGGACGUUGCGCGGCUGAUAGCCGAAUCGUUCGCGAGAAGAGACAGGGAAGACAUAGAGUUUUUGGUGGUCGAGGCGAAAAAAAGCAACAUGGAACCGAAACCGACGGCGCUGAUAUUCUUGGAAGCUUAACAUUUGCUAAGCCUCCCCCCUAGCGACCCCCCGGGGCCGAUUAUCUAGUUCACCGACACCAAAAGCGUCUUUCUACACUACUACAUAUCAUGUAAUAUAAUGAGAAAAUUUUCGCUGGGGCUUUCUUCGCGUGGCAACAAUGCUCAGCUCUGUUCUUAUAGAUGUAGUAGGAAGUGCGUUCAUUCUGUCGAGAAUCUGUAAUCAUUGA